AUGUUGGUCAAAGGUACCAAUGGGAUGCAAAUGCCUGCCUCAUCUCAGUCUGCAGCUCGGAGGAAGAUUCAAAUUUCCCGAGCCCUGGUGUCGAGCGAUCUUCCACUGGUUUCUAGUCAGGUACACGUAUAUGCGAAGAGUUUUGCGGACUCCGGUGCCGACUUGCUGUCCGCCUACUCCACGAAUUUACCUCCAGACACCCAAAAUGAGACAGAAAAUGCAAACCCCGCGUCAUCCUUGUCGAUUUUGUCUCUGGUAUACAGUUCUUCGAAUUCCCAACCAGCGCAGCAAUCGCAGACAUCCCCACCGGAUGGGGACCGCAAGCGGGUAAGAGGGGAGGAUGAAGUUCUCCAGUCUCGCCUACUAAAUCGCCAGCACGCCGCCAAGAAGUUGAAACUUGUCAAGGAGCAUGUAUCUCCAGAGACUGGGGUCGGUGUCGCACCUGCUGUUUACAUAAAAGCUGUGAAGGAACUCCUGUUGAACAAUUCCACCGACUUGCCUACCACAGACGGAAGACAGAGUUUCGCCGACUUUCAGAAAGCCCUUAAAACCUACAAGGCUUCGGAGAUGCAGAGUCCUGGCACACCUGUCGAAACUGUGUUCACCGCACUGGCCCGGAUUUUCCUGCCCCGUGAUGCUCCCGGUCUCCUGAGGGGUGGGUUGCGCCCAUAG